GUCAUUUAAAAUGUCAAUAACUCUCGACUCAUUAAAUUAUUUUCCGUUCCGUAUUUUUGUGGUUGUGCAGUAAAAUAUCUCAUAAUGAGCGAUGAAGAAUCUAAAACUGAGGAGAAGAAACCAAUUAUCAUUAAAAACGCGACAGAUUUACAACGUUUAAAGUUGAAUAAACUAAUGAAAAAUCCCGAGAAGCCAGUGGUUAUUCCGGAGCCGCCUCGUGACAAAUCAUUACCGGCCCCUCCAGACUUUGUGCGCAAUGUGAUGGGAUCCAGUGCUGGUGCUGGGUCGGGCGAGUUUCAUGUCUACAGACAUCUCCGGAGGAAAGAGUAUGCUAGGCAGAAGUUUAUUCAAGAAAAAAGUGAAAAGGAGAAACUUGACGAAGAGUAUCAUAGGAAAAUAGAAGAAAAUCGACUUGCAGCAGAAGCAAAGACAGCAAAGAAAAGGGCAAAAAGAUUAAAGAAAAAGAAGUUAAAAAAAAUAAAAAACAAACGGCCAUGUAUUCCUAAUGCUCAGAAUGAAGAGAGUCAAUCAGACAGUUCUGAGGAGGAAGAAGAUGCUACUGCUGAUAGAUCAGAAGAGAGUUGUGAUUCUCAAGACAAAAAUAAUGACAGAGGAGUAAAUAAUAAGGAAGCUGAAGAGAAAAAAACAGAAGAGAAUGUGCAUCAUCAAAGAGAAGAUACAUAGUUUUUCAUUGUAAAAUAUCUAAAAUAUAGAUAUCAUUUUUAAAAAUAAGUUUAUAGGAAAAUAAAUUACAAACAUAAA